UCUUUGUCUCGCCUGCAGAGUACUCGGCUGUAGAUAUACGGUUGUAGCAUACGCAUCAGUGCCAGUGGUAAACUAUUCAGUUUUGUGUUUUGCCAAGUUGGAGUCGAUCCGAAUUAGACUCGCUACAUGUGUUUGGUGCCGUAAGCGUCAAAAGUGAUCGAGAAUUUUUACGAUUUAAGCAAGUGCUAGUGACUUACUUAGAUUUUUUGUCGAAAAGUGAAAAAAAAUGAUACUGUUGCAAACUGAGCGCCGUUCGUGGCGCAUAUUUAUUAGAUACAGAUAGACUUUGAAAGUUGUGAAUAGUUUUUGAAUCGGGGCAAGGUGUGUGUUGUAUAAAAUAUUUGUGCAUCGGUGGUUUUUUGUUAUCGGUGCAGUGGCAUAAAUUAAAAAUAAAAAAAAUGAUUACGGCGGGAGGUCGUGUUGUUGAUCAGGUGAUGCUGUGGUGCGCACUGGCGUGCUUCGCGGCUCAUCUUCAGCUCUCGGAGACCAGGAUGGAGGAGCCUGACUCUAAAUACAAAAGUAUGGAGGCACACACGCAGUCGAUAGAAGAGCAGCCGGAGCCGCCGCGCGAGACCAAGCUGGGUAACUGCUUCCACAUGUCACGCAAGGACUGCCCCAUCGACACGAAGUGCCGGCGCAUCGAGUCUGACUCCGUGUUCUGCUGCGACGUCGACAGCUUCCGGCUGAAGGAGGCUUUAGCUAUUACUAUGACGCAGAACACGACCAACCUUCACGUGCUGAACGCGACCAUCGACGAACUGGUGGUCUCUCAGUCCAUCUUCCGCAGACUUACCUCUAUGGCCCUCACUGAUGGCAACAUUGGCAAAAUCGUUGGCCAGUUCCCAAAGAUCGCGUCGAUCGCGUGCCUUAACAUUUCCAACAACAACCUGAGCAGCGCCACGCUACAACCUCCGGAUCACCGGCCGUUCUCCAACCUGUUCAACCUGACAGUGUUGGACGCGUCGCGCAACAACCUCACUAAGUUCCCGGUCAGCCUGGUGCAGAGCAAUCGGAAGAUAUCCGUCGAUUUGUCAGGCAACGACUACCUGCCGUGCAAAGACUUCUUGAAGGUGAUGGAGACCAACAACAGUUCGCUGGUGACGUUCGUGCACUACGACAAGACGAAGUGCGCGCUGGACCUGCGGUUCAACUGGUUCAAGGACGUGCUCAUCAUGCCCAUCGACCACUUGCGGGUGCAGAAAGAGCUCAACAUCAGCUGCCGCAACAUCCGUCCCGCGAACAGCAACUGCACCUGCGUGCCCGACCGGCUGGAGCUGAUGGACGGCGUCAACCACGUGGCCGUGCAGGUGGACUGCUCGCAGCGCAACCUGAAGGAGAUGCCCACCAACCUGCCGCCCAACACCGCCAAGCUCAAUGUUUCCUACAACAAUAUAACAUCCCUGCAGCCAGUGUCGGACCCGAGCUACGAGCACGUGCGGCACCUGAUGGUGGACAACAACGACAUCGCCAACAUCGUGGAGCUGGAGGGCACCAAGUUCAUCGACAACUUCAUGUUCUUCUCCAUCACCCACAACAAGCUCAAGACGAUCCACACAUACGUUUUGUCCAACCGUUUAGAGACCAUGGGCCCGCUGUUACUGAUCUCUGGAAACAAAAUUCAUUGCGACUGUAACACCGAGAAGGUGAUCAAGCCAUGGCUUCUAGAAAACUUGAAAAGCAUACCGGACUUUAAAGGCCUGAGAUGCGAGGACAACAUGGGCGCUGUUGUCGACCUGCGAGAGUCUCAAGUGUGUCACACGCCGCGCGACUGGACCGACUACAUCUACUAUAUCAUCGGCUUGGAGGUGCUGAUCCUGGUGCUGCUCAUCAGCAAGGUGUCGUACGACUACUGGGUGUUCAAGACCGCCGGCUACUUGCCCUGGCCAGCCAACAAGAUGCCCCGGCUACCCUGCGACUGGUUGUGUGAAUAACUUUCAAAUUGUAAUAUCAUAGACAUCUUAAUGACAAGGCAAAAUGUAAUAACCAGCUCUUCGAUAUUUUAUAAAAGUUUAAAGGCACACAUCAUCAGCUGGACAAAGGCUUUUUGUGUGGACUUCCAAACACCACGGUUUCGAGCCGAGCCAGCACCUAGCGACUCCCUGUCACCCGUCUACAUAGUGGGGGGUCGACCAACUCCGCGCUUUCCAUUGAGUUGCCAUUCCACUACCUUGACCCGAAUGUCCAUUGGCUCUUCGAACUAUGUGCCCUGCUCAUGCGACUUUGGACGUCUUCGUUUCUGAUCCGAUCACGCAGAGAAAUUCCAAGCAAAGCUCGCUCCAUCACCCGCUAAAUGACUCUUUGAGACAUUUUAUGAUGCAAGUAGCGAUCACUUUUUGGAUCUGAAGAUCUACAAGGAUCACAUCCGUCUAUCAAUUCAGCAAUGGAUCGGAUCGGGAUCCAGUAUUCUUUAAUUGUAACGUAAUCGUCGCCUGGCCCCUCACAUUGCAAAGUAGUUUUGCACUCUGCACUCUAAAUAUCGUUCGCUGUGCAAAGUAUAGAACUCGACACUCGAGGCGGCCAUACUAAGUUUGUAUAGUUGGAGUACAAUACGCCAUUUCUAUUGCCUUGUCUCUAAGGUUUCUCUAGUAUUAUAUAUUAAGUUUAAAAUACACUGCUGGCCUCAGGUUUAUGAGGCCUUGACUCGAUGUACAGCUGACAUAUGUAAAGACUAAAUCCAUUUUGGUGAAAUUUUUCGCAAUGGGAUUCGUCUAGAUAUUUUCUUUUAAGGUUAUGAAUAGGUAACCUUUUGAUUAUUUUUAUAAGUUAUGAAAUAUCAAAGAUUUAGUUGUAUAUGGGAAUAUUUUUGUAUAUAUAUGUAGGUAAGUAGGUAUUAUAUGUAAAAAUCUAAUGCUAUGACUAAUUUAUAAGAAAUUGAUGUAGUUAAAAGUUGGAGCGGUUUCAAAUAGUAGGGCUCUUUAAUCGUGAGAGCUUGCGCAGGAAAGUACUAUAACUAUCCUUAUUUACUACUCUGCAGUCAGCAGUAUUGCUGUGUUUUGGUUAUUACUUCUGUUGCACAGGACACACACGCUAUGACAACGUUCUACAUUUGAGGUCAUAUUUAAUACGAAUGUCGUACCUGAGGCAUUAGUGUCUUUAAGUGCAUGUAAGCGAGCACUAUUGUGGGCACGAAGACCAUGACGGGCAGUGCUGGCGAGUGUUGACGUAUGUCAUCAACGGUACCUGCCCUUAAACCUACACCCCAGGUCACAAGUCCUGGGAACUGCUACAAAUGUUUCCUCUACCACAAGAUGAUUGUACAAUUUUGGUUGCUGAUACCCUAUUAAACCAAAACUCAACAGUUCUGCGUGGUAUGCAACGUAAACAGAGUCUUGAGUACUAUGUCUCCCGACUCCGCCUCACUUCUCCAACCAUCUUGACUUUUAGGGAGGAAGACGAAUUAUAUUAAUAGCUUAGUUGGGUAUUCUAUAACUUAGGAAUUAUGGAUAAUAGAACUAUUUAUAUCGAGGGUACUUUCUAAAAAAUACUCGAAUGUAUGUUGAAGAGUCUCGAAUGUAUUUAUCUGAACGUUUUUAGGACAUUUACACGAUCACGAAGUCGUAGGUACUGAAAAACAUUUCUCCAACCACUCAAUCCAUAUGGAGAGUUUAUAAAAAACUUGGAGUUUUUAAUGUAGAAGGCGUUACUUUCCAGAAGUUUAAGGACAAAUAGUCAAUAACAAUUAUGGAACAGUUGAUUUAUUUUGCAUCUCAGAAAAACCGACAAAUCUGAAUGACAACGUCUCCCACAUGACAGAAAAUCUUCUACGUAGGUUGCACUCCGAAAACGGAGCAUCCUGAUUCUACAAUACAGUUGCGAGGAUUAUCUGUCGGAUCUGGGUAUACUUGUCGGAUAAUAGCAAAAUAUUUCAAUUAUUAACCACUUAGGUAACUCUGGAGUUUUUAAUAAGCACGAUUCCUAAUCUCGAAGAAAUGUGAUCGUGCAAAUCUCAAACUGAGAAUAUUUUUAGAGUUAAAAUGUUAUGUGGAAAGACAAAUAAAGUCACGUAUAUCCUUACAACUUUUAGAGCUUAUUUCGUAAAGUAUUCAGGUUCAAGAGCCUGUUUCUUUUUGCUUCUUUUCAUUAGAAUCUGACUUCCGAGCAGAAGCAAUAUUCCUUAAAGUGUAAGAUUCCGACGAAUUGAGAACCUCGUUAAAAAUGAAAAUGUAUCAUGUCAUCAUUAUCAUCAGUUUCGAAAGUACUUUACGUAAAGUAAACCAGCUCGAAUUCAAUUGGACGGAAAUGAUUUUUAAUAAAUACGUGGUUUUAUAGAGGCUUAAUAUUAAAUAGAGUUUUUAAUUAAGCAAAUUAAAGUCAAGGUCGGAAUUGAAUGGCAACAAUACCAAGGAAAAUUUAUCUAGAUCUCCCCAAGAGAUCGAAAUAUCUUUGUCUAUGUAUCGCUCUCUCUUUCGCCCCCUAGCAACGGAUGAGACAGCAAUAUUUAGCAAAAUGAUUGAUUGAAAUGAAAAUUACCCUGAUGAUUCAUUAUGAACCUGUAUUGGAAUUUUCCAUUUUGUACAAUUGAUUAUAUCGAUCUUGACACCAAAGUGCUAAUAUAAACAAGGAGGUAUUAGAUUUUGAGGCUUAAACAACGAAAAUGGUGCCAUAAUUGGCUUUUAAUUUUAAUCAUUGUCCAAAAUAAAUUAUAUUUUUUUUUAUUUUACCUAGAUUUAUGGGUAUUUUUGUAUAUAAAAUGCAAAGAAGACUGUAUAUUUUUGUAUCUGUUUUCCCAAAUGUAAAGAUUGCGAAUAAGUAAAUAAUGAUUUAAGAUAA